AUGUCUAAAGUUUAAUAUGCACAUUGCUGACAAGGACACUAAAACAGAUGGAAAGAAACAAUACUUUGUGUAAAUAGAUGGCCUUGGUAAGCUUGACUUAUGCACUGUUACAAUUGUGCUGAUUUGCCAGUCAAAAAAAAGAGGCUUAGCUGAAGGAAAGACAAGGUAUGCAAACUGUUUUUUUUUGUUUUUUUUUUUGAAGAGGUCAACAUUGCAAAAUUGGCCUGCCUUGUUUGUGUGGGAUUUUAUUUUGAAUUUGAGUUGCACUUUUUCAAAAUGAAAAGAAAUUGUCAUUCUGGAAGCCUGGAAAUAAAGAGAAUACUGGAGGAAGAGAAAAAGUGGAAGUAAAACUGAUAAGUGGGGUAACAAAUGUGGACUAUGCCUAAAACUAAUGUAAAACUAGCUGUAUCUAUAUGGCAAGCAAAAAGCUAGCUCUGAGUUGGCAUUCGCACAAAUAAUUAUUUCUUAGCUGACGUAUUUUUUUUUUUGGUCGAAUUGUGUUUUGCAUAAUUUGAUUUCAUAAUUGAUUUCUUAAUUUGAUUUCAUUUUUGUAAAGUAUAUUAUAUUUUGUAAUAUAAUGAUGGUUUAUCUCAUUUGGAAUCUUGAUCAUAUUGCAUUUGGAUUUAGGAAAUCAGUUUUAAUGGAAACACUAAAAUACAGGAAAUGCAAGGGUUGCUCAUCAGGGUGAAAGAGGACACAGGUGAGAGUGAUUGGGACAUGUGAUAUGGUAGGGUUGAUGGGUAAGGUCUCAGCCAACCAUGACAGAGCCCCUCUUAAAGCGUGUCUGGAUGCUUAAAAGUGGUGAGGAGCAACGGCCACUGCUAACAAUUGUAAGGAGUCAUAUGGAGCAAGGAGCUAGAGCAAUGUCCUCAGUGGAGCAAUGUCCUUAGUGAAGUAAGGAGGCAGAGUGACUUUCUCAGCAGAGCAAAGAGGCAGAGCAAUAUCCUUAGUGAAAUAGGAACGUGGAGCAAUGUUUGGUGGAGCAGGGAGUCGGAGUGACGCCCUCAGCGCACUGAAGGCAUCUGAAGUGGGAUCUGAACUAGAGCCAGGUGGGGUAGGGACGAAGCGACUCCCAUGGUGAGGCCAAGGCCUGCACUGAACGAAUCAACAAAGCAGGGAGGCAGAACAAUGUCUUCAGAAUAGCCAGGAGGCAAAGUUACAUAGAACAUGGAGGAUGGAUAAUAAGAAUAAAAUGGAUUAAAAAGUGACAGGGGGGGUCCCUUAAAUUUUCCACCUUGGGGUCCCCACACUCCCUGGCUAAAACUUUGCUUUCUGUGAUAUUGAAUAUUAAUCACUGAUGAUAUGGGAAAACUUGCACAUGAUAAAAGAAGUAAACAUCUGCAACAACUGUAAUUAUACUGGCUGUCCCCAAACAUGUUGUUCCGCUUGCAUAAUGCAUACUUCUAUCUGCUGAGCAUCAGUCAUUGUGCUGAAAGACAAGAAAAAAAGAGUGAAACAUGGAAGGCAGUGAAACGGAUAUGGGUUCCGUAUUUUUGGCUUAUCACAGCAGAUACAGACAUCCUUUUGUCCCCUUAUAGAUAUCAUUCUAGAUGCAUUUUAAAACAGGCCAAAAGGCAACAGUUGUUCCAUUAUAAGAAGACCUUCUCUGAUGAGUGGUAUGGAGUGCUCAGAUGAGUUGUGAGUUUGUGUUGGUAAAGUGGAGAUUGAUAGCCAUACAAUUAUUCCAUUCCUCUGCAGUUCUGGGAUGAAAUUAGAGUCUGAGACAAUGUGCUUCUUUCUCAUUCUACUGUACCUGGGAUUGCAGCUCCCACUCAGCCUUUCCUGUCCGAGUAGGUGUGUGUGUCUUGCAAAUGGGGAUGUUGUAUGCACAGGGAACAUCACUGAAAUCCCACAUCUGAAUGCCAGUGAAACAUUUCGCUUAAAUCUCAUCAACACUCACCUCACAAUCCUUAAUCCCCGAAGUUUUCAGGCUCUAACUCUUUUACAGCGUCUUAAAAUUAGCAACAGUACUCUUGCCACUAUCCACCCAGAGGCCUUUCACAGUGCUUCUCAGCUCCGAUCCCUUGUGUUGUCAUCUAACUCCAUCUCUGUCCUUCCAUCAAGAGUGUUCAGCAGCCUGGAGGAUCUAGAGCAGCUUCACAUGAAUAGGAAUCAACUAAUCUCUCUCUAUCCAGACAUGUUUAAACAGCUGUUCAAUCUCAGAGAUCUGGACAUCAGCAAAAACAAAAUUGCAAAUUUGGAUGCCAGAAUCUUCCAGGAUUUGACAAGCUUAAAUCACCUGAACCUGGGUGAGAACUUACUACAAGAGAUCCCACAGAUGUUGUUCCACAACCUUAAGCAACUUAAGUCACUAAUACUGUACUCCAACCAGCUGAAGACUAUAGAGGAAGGUUCCUUUGAUCAUCUGCACAACCUCUUAACGCUCAUGCUGAAUAAAAAUCAAAUCCAAGCAAUCCCACCUCGACUUUUUUGGCACAUGCCCUCCCUGUUAAAACUGACUUUGUCUGGCAACCAACUUUGUUAUAUUCCAGAAGAGACCUUUUACUAUCUACCCAACCUUACUAAACUUACACUCUAUAAAAAUCCUCUACUGUUUCUGCCGGACCAGCUAGUAGGUCACAUGCCAAGACUUCAGGAGCUUUACUUGUAUAAUACCAAUCUGACCACUGUGCCAUGGAACCUUUUUGCUAACAUGACUGGCCUCAAGGCUUUAAAUUUACACUAUAAUGAGAAGCUCACCUCACUUCCAAAAAACCUCUUUAGCUCCUUGCCCAAACUUCAAAAACUUUCUUUAAAGUGCAACAUACUUCAGGAUCUACACCAAGAUCAGUUUUCAGCCCUAACCAGUCUUAAGAUGCUACUGCUCAGUGGUAACAAGCUCAAGUCCCUAUCACCAAAGCUCUUUCAAAAUCUCCAAAGACUAACCAAUCUAGAGCUGAGCAAGAACGAUUUGAGUUACCUCCCAGGGGAUAUUUUUGUACAUGCCACGGCAUUGCAGUCUGUUACUCUUGGGAACAACAAGUGGAACUGCACAUGCAGUAUUCUGGACAUUGCAGAAUGGAUUAGUGAAAACCAAAAUGUAGUUACUGACCUGCAAGAUGUAUUAUGCCAUGAACCUUACUACUUACAUAACAAACAACUGGUGGUAUUAAAUGGAGACAGUCUGAAAUGUGGCGUCAACACUGUAGGAGACCUACAUGUUGCUGUGACCACUGCAGGAAUGCGAACUUUAGGAAGAACAUCAUUGUUCACUGACAAAUUGUCCACUAGCAACAUCGUUACAAAUACCCUCUCAUCAACCACUACUCAAUCAAUUCAUCUGAACGCACUAACCCCGUCUACAACUGAGGAAGCACAUACUAAUGCCACCAAGUCCAGAGUAUUCUAUAACACUGUGGUCCUUGUUAAUGGUCCUGAUAUCAUCCAUAACAAUCGGCACAAGCGCUGGGUGUUCCUGUGGAUGGUACCUGCUACUGGACUGUACAGUGGGUUUUUAAUGGCUUUGCAUGUUGUUAUGAUAGUCACUGGUGUUCUUUUAAUUAUAGCCAAUGCUUAUGCUUUAUACCGUCUACACAAGGCUCUGUGGAAAACAGGGAAGUCGCUUAGAAAUCAGACAAUUGUGACUAAACGAUUGCUGAGUUUUAAUGGAAAACUCUAGAAAAUGUACAUUGCAUUUCAUUUAUAUUAUUAAUCUCUUGCCACUGUUUGUCUGUUGUCCUGACUCAUUAUGACUAUACUGUAUCUGCUUGAACACUGUAUGUUAAUUACAACAGCAUGUUAAUGCUAAAAUAUGUAUGUGUCAGAAUUGUAUACAAAUGAGUUUUUUUUCCACAUAUUUAUAAUUCAUAUUCCACAACUGAUCUUGAAUAGAAUAAAAUGUGAUCUGAUUAUUAUUA